UAUUUAUACUGCACUUUGGUUGGACAAAAUGGCGUCCGUCAGGGUUAACUGUGAUCAGCCAGUGAAAUAUCCUCAAAAUUGACACGUAGCAGGCUUGCCAACGGAGCAGGGUCAGCCCUGUAGUUAUGUAGCGGUCACAGAAAGAUGUUGUUACAUGGUGUGAAAUAGUUUAUGAGAGAAAGGAUACAUAAAACAGGUUUACUAUCCAUUUCUUUAUGAUUGUUGCUGGCACUACUGUGGACCUUGGCAGCGGUAUGGCUGUGGGGCAGAAAACAAGCCACGCUGAGACAUUUGUUUUGGCUGGAUCGAAUGGACAUGAGACAAGGCAUUCUGGUUUGAAUGACAUUGUGCGGAACCACACCUCUGACCAGCAAAGGUCAGGGAUGGCCAGAGUUUCGUCCGACAUGAGGAACAAGUGUGCUGCUUAUGUGCUGGCCCUGCGGCCGUGGAGUUUCAGCGCCUCUCUCACACCGGUGGCGCUGGGCAGUGCCCUGGCCUACAAGCUGGAGGGCUCUGUGGACUUGAUCAUCCUCAUGGUGUGUGCCAUAGCUGUGCUGGUGGUGCAUGGGGCAGGGAACCUGGUUAACACCUACUAUGACUUCUCCAAAGGGAUCGACCACAAGAAGAGUGAUGAUAGGACUCUUGUGGAUGAGAUCCUGGCACCGCAGGAUGUUGUCAUGUUUGGAGCGCUGCUCUACUCUCUGGGCUGCUUGUGUGCCACACUGCUCUACUUUCUCUCCACAUUGAGGAUGGAACAUCUGGCCCUUAUUUAUUUUGGAGGGCUCUCAAGUUCUUUCCUGUACACGGGAGGCAUUGGUCUUAAGUAUGUGGCCCUGGGGGAUGUGGUGAUCCUGAUCACAUUUGGCCCCCUGGCAGUCAUGUUUGCCCACGCCGUGCAGGUGGGCUACCUGUCAGUCCUGCCCUUGGUCUACGCCGUCCCCCUGGCCCUCAACACUGAGGCCAUUCUACACAGCAACAACACCAGAGACAUGGACUCUGACAAACAGGCAGGCAUCGUCACUCUGGCCAUUCUCAUUGGGCCCACGCUGUCCUACAUCCUCUUCAACCUCCUGCUGUUUUUCCCUUACGUGCUCUUCUGCAUCUUGGCCACCCACUACACCAUCAGCAUGGCCCUGCCCCUGCUCACGCUGCCCAUGGCCUUCCCCCUGGAGAGGCAGUUCCGCAGCCAGUGCUAUUCCAAGAUCCCCCAAAAGACAGCUAAGCUCAACCUCCUGAUGGGACUUUUCUAUGUCUUUGGAAUCAUUCUGGCACCUCAAGGCAGCUUACCGCUACUGUGAAUCCAAUUGUAGAUAACUUUUUUUUUAUAGCUUUAAAAAAAAAAAGUUGAUGUACAUCUUUGUAUUUAUGAUUAGCUUGAGUUCAAAGGCUUUAAUGUGUUGUUUAGUUUAUACAUCGAGAAACAGAUAGUUUAAUUAUUUUUCUGUAAUACUGACAUAUAACCAGAUGUAUAAUUGUUCCAGUAUUUUGCACAAGAGUUCUGUGUAUCGGUUGAAGUCUGAGAUGGGUUCAGAAUCAUUUGGUAUAAGACCACAGUAAGAGAAGACGUUUGAAGUCCCUAUGCCUCAUGAGGACAGACGUGGAAGAUACAGUUGCAUCGGGUCCUUUUGCUACCGGUGAUGCAAUUGUUCAAAAUGUCAAUAAACCAAAUCUAUACCUUUUAAUCUCUACAUUUAAAUUAAAUGUCUUAUUUUAGGACCAUAGAUUUUAUAUAUUCUUCAGGUUGAGGUUAAAAUUAUCAACAGAAAUGUUAUGUUUUCGGAAAUGAGACGGUAGCCUUGUAAUUCAAGUUUUGGAGUCACGGAUUGGAAUUGUCCAUUUUAAUUUUCAAACAUAGGAGUUCAACGGUUCAUCGAUCCAGUCCAGAAAUCAGUACAAACUGAUGCGAUGUGAGUACAUGGAAAUGCCCCCUAAAUGGUCCAGAUCUCAUCU